GGACCAAAGCGUUGGGCAAAUGUUUACAUUGGCACCGCUUUAAGAUUCUUAUUUUGUAAAUAUAUUCAAAAGACAACAAUCGAGUCCAGUUCAGGGAUGGAAGUUGAUGGUCAAGCUGAAGCUGUGCGUCAGGAUGGGUUUGUGUCCAGUGGCGAUGAACUAGAACAUGAGGAGCCACACGACAUCAGUGAUGCGGUGGAGCUUGUUGUGGUGGAUGUUGACGCUUUGGAUGUCGACUUUAAUCAUGGAAGAAUUGCAAAGAUAGAAAAUCUUGAGAGCCUAACACAAGUAGAGAACCUGUGUCUGCGGCAAAACCUGAUCACCAAGAUUGAUGGAUUAUCUACCCUGACAACCCUUGUGGAACUUGAUCUCUAUGACAACCAGCUCACCAAGAUUGAAAACCUUGAAGCGCUUGUUAAUUUACAGAGUUUGGACCUAUCUUUCAACCGUCUGUCCAAAAUUGAGAAUCUCGACACCUUGACAAACUUAAAGAAGCUGUUCCUAAUCCACAACAAGAUCACAAAGAUAGAGAAUGUUGACCACCUGGUUAACCUGGAGAUGUUAGAACUUGGAUCCAACAGAAUUCGGGUGAUAGAGAACAUUUCCUCGCUGACCAACCUGACCAGCCUGUUUAUAGGAAAUAACAAGAUAACCAAGCUGCAGUGUCUCGACACUUUCGUCAAUCUCAGGACUUUAAGCAUGCAGAGCAACAGAAUCACAAAGUUAGGAGGUUUGGAGAAACUUGUAAACCUGGACGACCUUUACCUCAGCGACAAUGGUAUUGAAAAGCUGGAAGGGCUAGAGGCUUGUACGAAGCUUACAACACUGGAUCUUGCAAAGAAUCGAUUGACUAAAAUUGAAAACAUCAGCCACUUAGUUGAACUACAAGAAUUCUGGUUCAAUGACAAUAAAAUUGACUCUUGGAAAGAAGUUGAGUCACUGGUUCCCCUUAAGAACCUGGAGACAGUCUACAUGGAGCGUAACCCUAUAUACUACGAAGCUGGAAAACAGUUAAAGGCAGAUCCUGCAUAUAGGCGCAAAAUCAAAUUGACACUUCCUUGGAUCAAACAGAUUGAUGCGACUUUGGCUCAAUGAUUUUGUUAGACAUGUAGGAUGAGAUGAUUUGAUUUGAUCUUGUAGUACAUGUAGAUACGUUCAUCCAUGUGUAUUGUUGUAGUUCCGUGAUGGCAUUAUACAUGGGUCAACAAUUUAAGGCCAAUUUGGCACAAACAAUAGUGUAAUGUUUAGACUUGUUAAGCUUGAGUUGAUUUUCUUGUAGGUCUGUAAAUUUAUUAUGUUCUUUUUAGAAGUUCUAUGCCCAUUUUUCCUAGUAUCUUGAGUUCAAUGCCCAUAUUCCCUAAUAUCUUGAGUUCUAGGCCCAUAUUCACUAGUACAUGUAUAUUGAGUUCUAGGCCCAUAUUCAGUAGUAUCUUGAGUUCUAGGCCCAUAUUCACCAAUAUAUUCAGUUCUAGGCCCAUAUUCACUAAUAUCUUGAGUUAUAGGCCCAUAUUCAGUACUAUCUUGAGUUCUAGGCCCAUAAUUAAGUAAUAUCUUGAGUUAUAUUCCCAUAUAUAGUACUAUAUUGAGUUCUAGGCCCAUAUUCACUAAUAUCUUGAGUUAUAUUCCCAUAUAUAGUACUCUCUUGAGUAAUUAGGCCCAUAAUUAAGUAAUAUCUUGAGUUAUAUUCCCAUAUUCACUAAUAUCUUGAUCUUGAGGCUCUUAUUCACAUUUAACUGAUAUCUUGAGUAAGAGUUGAGCCUCAGAAAAAUGAAUUUUAAAAUGUUACAAAGUAUCUUUGAUAGAACUAUUUUAGACAAAAGAUAUGCAAAUUGUUAAAAACGGAUUAUGUUAUUUCAUACUUAUGCAGCAGAUUCCACCAUGAACGGCCUUCAAAUAGCAUUUCUAUUAUGAAGAUAAAGUUUGUAGUUGUUAGCCUUGAGUCUGAAACUUAGACUAGAAAUGUAAUUGAGUGAAUAUGGGCUCUGGGUUCAAGUUAACAAUCUUAAGUAUGAGAACAGAAUCAAGAGCCAAAACUGAAUAUCUUCAUUCCUUUGUAACUAUUGUUCUUGAAGAAUGUUUUGAAAACUGCCCCAUGUAUGACAACGAAAACAUUUCUCAAAUAUUGACACUGACUAUGUUAAAAAGAAUAAACUGUGAAUAUAGUUUUUUCUUUUUAAAAAGAUCAUUUGUAGAGUCAGACUUGAGUCUAUUAAUAGUAAAUAUGGAUCAUAGACAUUUAUAUAACCUUGAGCAAAACGCAUACUGAGAGGUCUGUUUGGCCCAAUUGCUUAUGUUAAACAAAAAUUAUGUGUAUCCUACCAGUUGUUGAGUCAUAACAUCAUACAUCCAAGUUGGUGCUAUGAUUAUGUACAAUAAUAAUAAAUUAUUUUUAAAUUAAUUAUUCUGUCAUUUAAUGUAUUGGGAUCUAUGUUCAGGCAUUUUAAUUAAUUGAUAUUAAGCGGAAAUGAUAUUUGCAUAUUACCAUCAAUUAUGGUUGUCCAUUUCUAUUUGAUUAUCAAUUAUGAAUCUUGUGCGAUUAUCCAACAUAAACUUUUAUACUUUAGUAUUAAAUUUCCAUGUAUGUGAUUUUCUAUUCAUAUUAUUAAUACAUAUUUCUUGAGUUAUGACACUUAAUACCAAAUGCUUUACGUCAUAUUGCACAUAAUAUUCAACUUUAUUCAGUUAUGAUUUUAUGUCAAUGAAUUAUAUCAGUAGUUAUUUAACAAAAAGGUGUAAUGACUGUAUUUCAUGGCAGUGUCAUUUUAAGGAUUAGAUGUAUUAGAAUUAGGCUCAAUGGUGUAUGGACACAUUUAGUUCACUGGCACAGUUUAUGACGUCCAAACUACUUCAUGACUACACCGUAAAUGACUUUGAUCACAAUUACCGGCUUAAUGACCAGAUGUGUUCUUACACAAAUGAAAUCCAAUUUUAAAAUAAUCAGUGUUUAUAGUUUACGCUUAUCUUGUUAAAAAAAAUCUUAGAAAAUGAUAGCUGUACUACAACACCACAUAAAAAGGCUCAAAAGACAGGUUAAGGUCAUAUAUUCUACGGUUUGAACUGAGGCCGAUUCAGUGACCAAUUAUUUUAUUGUCGUUUGCAUGUUUUUUUGUAGUAGAGAAACUGUGAAGAUGUGUUCAUCAACAUAUGAAUGUAAUUGAAUGGAUAUAAUUUAUUACAUUUAUCUUACGAGUUGUAGCUCUUCUGUUAAAGUGUUAUAACUUCGGGAUAUGAAAGAGAUUAUUUAACUUGAGUCUGUGCCAUUUUAUGUAUAGUCCUUCAGUUAUUUUAUUUUGUCUUCCAAAUAUAAGAUUUAUUUAGUUUAGAACUUGAGUAAUGAUAAACAGUUGCACAAGUCAUUCGACACUUCUUAUUUUUUUGCUGUAACUGUUGGAUGAUGUAUACCAGGGUAUUAUGAAACAUACUUGAACAAAUCAGUUUCUCUUAGCCACUUAUCAUCCCCAUAAAUGUAUGAUACCUUCAAGAUAUAAGUACCGGUUUGUAAGCUUCUUAUACUGAUUUCUUAGAACUUUAAUACUUCUGUGGAUUUGUGUUUAUAUUGUAAUUACAACCUACAUAUUAUUUUGGUAUCCGUUUUAAAGGGGGUUUACUAGUAGAGAACGAAUUUGUUAAAAGUACCACACAUAUGAAGAGCAAGCUUGAAAGAUUGCAUAAGUUGUCAUUUCUUGUCAAAGUUCAGUUGAAACAAAGAACAAAACUACCAGUUGUGGGGUGGGAGAAAGUUAUCAGAAAUAAAUGACUGAUUAAUUUCCAAUUCAAAAUUAAUAUUUUUCGCUAUUCUAUCAACCGAAUUAUUUCUAAAAGUUUUAUGUAUAUGUUACACCAAACAAUAAUAUUAAUAUGUGCCCAUAUGAAAUUUUGUUGUCAAAAUGUAGGUCACAAGGACACAUGCUUAUUAGUAGGUUACAAAACAAAUAUUUAAGACACAUUUUAAGCUAUGGAACUCAGUAGUGUAAUCAAACUUAUAAAGCCUUAAUUUUAAAGCUCACUAAUUAAUUUCUAAUUAUUUAAAAACAAAAUGUUUGAAAUGUUACAUAAGUGCUAAUUGUUUAUUAUAUUUCUUUUAUAGAAUUAAAUAAGGAAAAUUCA